AUGGUUCUCACGAGACUUGCUUCGGAGCCUAAGAAGUUCCAGGUCUUGCUGGGGACGUUUAUCCACAGCAAGUCCCGAGCUGAAUUGGAGUACAUUCACAAUGCCGCAGUUGCAGUCGACGAGGGCGGUAAGAUCGCUGCUAUUGCGAGGGAAUGCGGGAGUUUGACCGCUGCUAGAGAUGAGGUUUUGAAACAGACGGGGUGGGCGGAGGGAGAUGUUGAUAUGGUUGAGUGUGGCGAGGGACAAUUCUUCUUUCCUGGAUUCAUUGACACCCACGUCCAUGCCUCUCAGUAUCCCAACGUCGGCAUCUUUGGCAAAUCCACUCUCCUGGACUGGUUGGAAAAGUACACAUUCCCUCUCGAGUCAUCGCUCUCAGAUCUCGCCAAGGCACGUAAAGUAUACACGGCCUGCGUGCGGAGAACCCUCUCCCACGGCACAACAACCGCCACUUACUACGCAACCGUGGAUGUCCCAGCCACCAAUCUCCUCGCCGAUCUGUGUCUGUCCCUGGGCCAGCGAGCAUUCGUAGGCAGGGUCUGCAUGGACAGACAAGAGAUAUGCCCGUCGUACUACCGCGACGAAUCAACAGAGCAAUCCCUCCAUAAUGCCAAGGAAUCGAUCGCGCACAUCAAAAAGAUUGACCCUAGCUACGAUCUCGUUUCACCUAUUCUCACACCUCGCUUCGCACCAUCGUGUACCGCUGAAGGCAUGAACGGCCUGUCCGCCAUCCAGAAGAAGGAGAACCUCCCCGUGCAGACGCACAUUUCCGAAAACAAGGGCGAGAUCCAACUCGUCAGCGACUUGUACCCCGGCUCAGGGUCCUACGCCAAUGUCUACGACAGCCACGGUCUCCUGACGCCCAAGACGGUCCUCGCCCACGCAGUCCACCUCACUGAGGAUGAAGCCACUCUCAUUUCUAGCCGACAGUCAAAAGUAUCCCACUGCCCCUGCAGCAACUCGUCGCUUACGAGCGGCGAAGCUCGCGUGCGAUGGAUGUGGGAAAAGGGCAUUGAGGUCGGUCUCGGCACCGACAUGAGCGGCGGCUACUCCCCGUCUAUACUGGAGGCCGCGAGACAAGCCACAUUGACGAGUCGCCAUCUCGCGAUGCAGAUUGAGGACGAGGCUCUCCGCGAGAAGAGCAAGUUGACGGUGGAAGAGGUCCUGUAUCUUGCUACGAGGGGCGGAGCGCUGUGUCUGGGCUUGGGAGAGAAGGUUGGCGGGUUUGAGGUUGGGAAGCAGUUGGACGCGCAGUUGAUUGGGCUGGGGUGCGUGCAGGAUGAUGGAUUGAGGGCUGGAGAGGGUGAGGACGCGGAGGGCGUGGAUGCUGGGAAUGUGGAUGUUUUUGGGUGGGAGAGCUGGGAGGAGAGGAUUGCGAAGUGGUUGUAUAAUGGGGAUGAUCGGAACACCAAGAGGGUUUGGGUGAGGGGGCGGUUGGUGCAUUCUAGACGGUAG